AUGCGGAUAGCAUGGUUCAUUCUACUGGCAACGGUAGCGGCAUCAGAAUUACCUGCGGAGUCGGUAAAAAUGGAUCCGCACACUGUCUUAGUGUUGUUUGGGACAAGGCACGGUAAUCGUAACCCAGAAGUGUUUUUGCAUGAAAAUCCAAGGACAUGGGGAUUUGAAGGCGACACAGAGUUGACAUCAAUUGGCAAACGACAGGCUUUUGGCUUAGGGAAGGAACUCAGGAAGUUCGUUGGCGACCUAGUGUCGGAUAAUUAUAAUCGCUUAGAUUCUAAGUAUUUUUCAAGCUCAGCAAAUAGAUGCCAAAUGACUUUGCAAGUAGCCCUAGCUGGACUCUACAAACCUGUCGGAUGGGCAGAAUGGGAUACCUCAGGUGGAUUGCCUUGGAGUCCAGUGCCUUAUGCUAUCGACGAUCCGAUGCUUAGAAUGUACUCUGUGAAAGAAUGCAAAAAUAGUGACAAAGUCUGGAAACCCAUCGAUGACGAUACCCUUCCGUCACUCGUUGAGGCCAAGAAAAAUAGUAGUGCGCUUUUGAAUUACAUUGGUGAACAGACUCAUUGGAAUAUGUCGUCGCUGGCGAGGGCUGCUGAUUUUGCCGAUAAUCUAAUCGAAAUUGACCUCUAUAAUGCCUCAUAUCCCGAAUGGGUCACAAACCCAACCCUAAAAGGCUAUGACGCAGAAGGCCUUGUGAGCGAAGCGUUGCAGUUCGCUGAAAUCCACCAGAUAGCCUGCGCUAACUAUGAACCAUGCCGAGACCUGAUGUCUGGCGUAUGGUUGAAGAAUAUUUUGAGCGCUAUCGCUGAUGCAAAGAAUGGCACUGGACCACAUAUUGUUGGAUAUGCAUCGCACAAUGAGAUUACCCUAUCUGUGAUGAAAAAUCUCGGUGUGAUUAAGGAUGAACUCACUACAUCAGCUGGAUUUGUACUAGAAUUCAGGAUGAAGCCUCUACCAUCAAUACGAAUUCUCGAUCACGAUCCCGAUCCAAUUGAUAAACAUGUCAUCUAUAAAGCAAAGCUUAUUCCUGAAUUAGCCGAUAAAGUUGACGUGGAUGGGUUUUUGUCCCUGGAAGAUUUUACGGCUCAAAUUACUCCCAAGGCGUUUUCGGAGUGGAAGUCAAAGUGUGGUGUGGUAAAAGAGUGCAAAGAAGUAGAAAUCAACUCGAUACCCUACUACAUGGAACUACAAGAGGAAGCAAAUACCUCACCAGUGCUCUCAUUUUGUGCCAUUUUGGUUGCAUUCAUUGGUCUCGUGUUUUGGUAG